AAACACCUGGGACCAAAAAAAAAAAAAAAACCGUUUGGAUUACGCUUCAUUGUGCAGCAAUAUUGUCGAAAUUGGUUCUCGUGUUCUUUCUGGAGUGAGUGCAAAGUCGAGCUUUAGAAUAAACCAAAGCCUGAUGAAUACUGCCAACCAUAUUUUAAUGUCAAUUUUUUUCAUCGGAAUCUUAUUAUCUUAAAUAUGAGCUCCUGCAGUGUCCAAAUGGCUUAAGUAGUUGUAGUCAAUCAACUGCGGCUUUAUUUGACUUACUGCUCGAAAGAAUAUUGGAGGGUCAGUGAUAAGACAAUGACUGCAUAAAGUAAAAAAUAUUUAGUAAUACUAGCCUUUCUAUCUCAUUGAAGUUAGUAGUCCUCGCUAGCGGAGUUUUGACUACCGCCAUUUUUUAUGUGCAUGGACAAGGCCCAGGUCUCAGUUCUAUAACUGUCUUAUCUGCAAGUAUGAUACUGUCCAGCAUUUUCCUGACUUAGCCCUUGGAAAAUAAAAUAACUAUGUCUAACUUGGAGGUAUCUAUAUAUAAAGGGGUUCCCAAGAAUAAAAUAUCCCUAAAAAGAAUUCACUGUUUUCUGAUUACUGGAUUCAGAGGGGCCGGAGAGAUGCAGAGAUUUGCCAUGUCAAAGUAUUUACUUUCUCUUUUGCUAUCUUUCAUUUUAUCAUAGGAAAAUACAAAAAGGCCAAAAAAAAGUUUUAAGGGGAAUAAAGUACCUGAUGCCAGCUGUGAGAUAUUGGGACUGAAAACAGCAUUUUAGAGUCAAGCACCAGUGACUUUUUGUUCCUCCAGAGGAAUCCUAAAAAGCAGGUUUUUUCACGGGUCUCAAGGGGACAACAAUUAAAUAACCCUCACAACUAUCAACUGUCAUUUUCCAAACUGCCACAGAAUCUUCCAGGUCCAAAAUUCUGUCAUUUCUUAAAAAGGAUCAUCUUCCAAAACAUUCCACUUGCUGUUUGAAUAGUAGCAGCGAGGCUAACCAUUCCUCAGGAAGCACUCUUUAUUUCCAGUGCUUUGGUUUCAUCAAUGUUUGGAGCAAAGCCUCUAGCAGAAACAGUGGAGUCCAAGCCAGGAGAGCCGCAGGUCCAAUUCACAGCUAUAAACUGGACUCCUGCUUUGAUAGGUAGCAGCCAGCAGCUUUGCCUGAUUGUCAUAAACCUGAAGAACCAGGAGGAUUUACUACUAGUCCCUGUACUUAAAGUGCUGUUGUUGAAUUACAAGCUGGAAGAAGGACUUUCUUCUCUGAUUGAUGUGCUUGUGUUCUAGCAUGCCCCAAAGAUGCAAGACACUCAAUGGGAGUCUACCUUGGCCAACAGAAAAUACCUACAGAAUUUUCAGGCUUACCCUCCAGCUGCAGAGGCGAAUUUCCCAUACUCUUCAUUACAGGGAGUAAAAAUCCUCAUGGGUGUGGUCAUACCUUUCCCUGAAAGACUAGACUGAAUUUCACAACAGGAAAGAAGUGAAUAAAGAAAGGAAAAGAAAAGAGAGUUUAAAAAAAAAAAAAAGGAAGAAGAAGAAGAAAUUAGUUCUCCAGGCAUUCCAAAGACUACCAAAAUAUACAAUCUAUUUACUGUUCUUUGCAAUGACCCCCUCCCCCCCGAAAAAUCCCCAUUUUGGUUUGACCUGUUUUUGUUGUGUCUAAUGGACUCACAAUGAACUUUAAGAGGAAUCAGAGUACUUCAUUUUGCUUUCAACAAAUCCUCAAAAUUUGCGAACACUCUGGAACCUUUCUGCUAUAGGAAGCAGCUAUUCCUCCUUUUAUGACGGAUGAAAAAUGAAUGAAAUAUAUCUACAAGAUGAAUAAGUAGUCUGAUUUAUUUCCAGGUACCAAUUAAAAUAUCACAAUCUGAAUGACAGUGGAUAUCAGGUUCCCAGUGCCGAUUCCGACACUGUGAAGAGGCCCUUGGCAGUGACACUGUGUGCUCAUUAUGGAGAGAGGGAAAAUGUUUAGAUCCACUUUGCAGAUUUAGACACAUGGAAAUGCAGCAAAACUGCAGCAUUUCAUGCUUCUGGGAAACUCAGCCUCUUGGUUGCGUGAAGAUCAGUUGUAUCUUUUAUCACAGCAAACCUCGAAAUAUCAAUGGAUUAUUUUUACCACCAAGUAGCAAUAUCACUCUACAAAAGGAAACUCAGGAAGGAAUUCCACCCCCCACCCAGAGUCAGGAAGCCCUGAAAUCUCAGGAGAAUAUAUCACGACCCAUUCACCAUCCUUUAGUUUUAAAAACUAACUUUGAAGAAGAAGAGGAGGAAGGAGACGAACAAAAUGAUUAUUUGGCUUUGGGACAAUUUAAUUUAAAAAAAAUAUAUCCUAUAGAUGCUUCUGGUUUAUGGACAAAGACUUCUGAAGAAAUUGAAGAAAAAAGAGCAAUAAAGGAGAUAUGUUAUAAAUCUGGUGACUACUACAGAUUUCAUACUCCUCCAGAUAAGUCAUCAUCAAAAAGCAUAGCCUCCACGGCGGAAAAAGAGUUAGAAAAGCCUUUGGAAAAUGGCAGUGAAUUGCAAGAAGGGGAUGGUCUUACAGUUCCGACAAAAUUUAGCCUAUAUGAAAGGCAAGGUGAGAUAAAAGCAUCAUUGGAUAGGAAACCAAGGACUGACAUUGCUGCUUUCGAAAAUGGAGGAGGUGACUGUUAUGUUCCACAGAGGAUUAUAUUUCUUGGAGUAGAUGAAAAUGAAGCUUUAAAUGAAGAGAAAGAAAUCACCAUGUCAACAUGUUCAAAUACUAAAGAUAACAAGGACAAUUCUCAUCCAAAGCGUUCCCUAACCACCCGACUAGUACCUACAAUGCAUGUAUUAAAUGCUACUGAGAAUAUCAGUAUGAAGUGCAAAGAGGAUCCCUCUUCAAUGAACGACGUGCAGCCAGUGAAGAAGCCUCAUUUUAAAGGGGUGAAAAAAAGAAAAUGGAUUUAUAAUGAACCAAAGAACUUUCCUGGCCCAGGAAUACGGAGAGCAGUACAGACCCCAAAUCCCCAAAAUAAAAUGAGUUACCAUCACAAUAAUAAAAAUAGAAAUGCUGAGAAUGCAUCCUAUAUCCAUGUUCAGAGAGAUGCCGUCAGGACUGUCUCAUUGAAUGCACCUCCCUGCAGCAGGCCCAGAAAUGGGUCCUACAAUAAAGUCGAUGUUACCAAGGAACCCAAACUCAACCUCUGUCCAGAUAAAUAUAUGUCAACAUCAUAUAAUGGUACAGGCUGGCGAAAAAGAAUUCCUUUUUCAAAGACAUAUUCAAAAACUGAAAAGAUAUAUACAGAGCCAAGAAGAAAUGGGAGCAAGUAAACCUGGAGGUUGAGAGAAGAGAAAAAU